UGUAAUAUUUUUUUUAUCACUUUGAAUAAGAACUAUAUUGUUUGUUUGAUGCUAAUUAUAUAACAAAAAGAAAGACUGAUUAAACUAAAUAACAGCCUGUGCUUGCAAAAAUAACAUUGUAUACGUUUAUUUUUUUAAAAUGUUUAAGUUAGUCAUUUUCUUUCCACAUUGCUAGAAAGGUAAGAUACAUCAUACAUGUUUUUUUUAUUAUAGAAAUGCAAUAUAGCAUAGAAAACGUCCUGUUGCAAAAAAUAAAAUAAAUAAUGCAGUCAACGAUGCAUAUAUAUGCAGUAACACCUCUGAAGUAAACUAACAUUGGAAUACCCUGAAAGUUACCUUCGUUUUUUGAAUCGAAAGUUGAGUUUAUCCGCUUAGUUACCCUUAAACAAACGUGGGUAUGUCACAUAACCUGUUUUCUGUAAUGAAGCACUGUUUGAUUUGAUUGGAAUGACGAACUGUUUGAAAACACCCAUGUGAUCAGAAAAUCCGCCCUCUUACAAUACUUACCAGGAAGAGACUCAAAUGUGUAUUUUCGUGUCAAACUGGCUCUCGAAUGUUUCGACAAAAGCAAAAACAAAUCAGCGAUCAAAAUUUAGAUUUGCUGGAGCUUAAACAGUGAAAAUGGAUUCACUAUCUGUUGAAGAACUUUCUUGUCCCGUGUGCUGCGACAUCUUCAAUGUUCCUGUUAUUUUAUCUUGUAGUCACAGUGUCUGUAAAGAGUGUCUUCAACAGUUCUGGAGAACCAAGACAACUAAGGAGUGUCCUGUCUGCAGGAGAGCCUCACAACAUCAACCUCCAAUUAAUCUGGCAUUAAAAAACUUGUGCGAGUCAUUCAGGAAAGAGAGAAAUGAGAGGCGUUCAUCAGGGUCUGAGGAGGUCUGUAGUUUACACAGUGAGAAACUCAAACUCUUCUGUCUGGAGGACAAACAGCCUGUGUGUGUAGUGUGCUUUACUUCACAACAACACGACAAUCAUAAAUUCAGACCCAUCAGUGAAGCAGUUUCAUCACAUAAGGAGGAGCUCAAUACAGCACUGAUGUCCUUAAAAGUGAAACUUAAACACAAAGAAAACAUUAAAGAAGAGUUUGAGAAAACACUUCGACACAUCAAGUUUCAAGCUGAGCACACAGAGCGUGAGAUUAAACAGCAGUUUGAGAAGCUUCAUCAGUUUCUCAGAGAUGAAGAAGAAGCUACAAUCACUGCAUUGAGGGAGGAAGAGGAGCAGAAGAAGCAGAUGAUGAAAGAGAAGCUGGAGGAGAUAAACAAACAUAUCUCAGACCUUUCACACACAAUCAAAGACAUGGGGGAGAUGAUGAAAGCCAAUGACAUCUGCUUUCUGAAGAAGUUUCCAGUCUCAAUGGAAAGAGUCCAGAGCUCUCAGCCUGAUCCACAGAUGGCUUCUGGAGCUUUGAUCCAUGUGUCAUGUUACUUGGGAAACCUGCCGUUCAGAGUCUGGAAGAAGAUGCAGGACAUCGUCCAAAACACUCCUGUGAUUCUGGAUCCAAACACAGCUCAUCCAGAUCUCGUCUUGUCUGAUGAUCUGACCAGUGUGAGAUGGAGUGGUAACAGACAACCGCCUCCUGAUAAUCCAGAGAGAUUUGACCUCUAUUCCUGUGUGCUGGGUUCAGAGGGUUUCAAAUCAGGAACACACUGCUGGGAUGUGGAGGUUAAAGAGGGUUUACGUUGGAGUCUUGGAGUAACUACAGCAUCAAACCAAAGGAAGGGACAUGAAUUCUUCAACACUGAUGUCUGGAGUGUGCGGUACGGACUGUCUGAACGGUUUGGCUGUCGUGUUAGACAGAAGCUUGAGAGGGUGAGAGUGUAUCUGGACUAUGACAGAGGAACAGUGUCAUUCUCUGAUCCUGUAACUAACACACAUCUACACACAUUCACAACCACCUUCACUGACACACUCUUUCCAUUCUUUCGUUGUUUUGACCCUCUGAGGAUCUUACCGUUCAAUAGUCAGUAAACGUUACUACUGUAGCUCAGGAUCUUCCUGCUUUUAAUAUUUAAUCCAUAUCACAUGAAUAGCGCUGGGUUUUAAUUUUGUGUACCAUAUGUAUUUUUCAAAUACCGCCAUACCGGUGCGUAGCUGAAACAAUUGCUAAACUAUAAGAGCGCUAUGUAGAGGGGACCUCUAUAAACUGCAUACCCUUUUUUACUAAUGGUUAUAACUUUUUAACAACAAUAAAUAACCCACACAACGUACUCUCUUUAACAUGGCAAAUAUUAUAGAGUCCUAUGAUUUUCUUGCUGCAGAAAACAUGUAAGGAAUAAAUGAAAAGCAGAGCUGUGCAAUGAAUCACAUCACAAUAUGGACUAGUGUCUGUGAAUACAAUCCUAAUUCCAGAAAAGUUGGGACGUUUUUUAAAUUUGAAUAAAAUGAAAACUAAAAGACUUUCAAAUCACAUGAGCCAAUAUUUUAUUCACAAUAGAACAUGGAUAACAUAACAAAUGAUUAAACUGAAAAAUAUUACAAUUUUAUGCACAAAAUGAGCUCAUUUCGAAUUUGAUAAAAACGUUAAAAAACUUUUCCGGAAUUCGGGUUGUAUUAAAGCUCAAAAAGACAGCUAUUAAAAUCUGAAGUCUGCAUGUUCUGUGUGCCUCUGUGUGAAUGUGUGCCAGAGUUUCAUCAACUACACAUUGAAGCACGUAGGGCUGUCGCAAUAACUGCAAUAUUGUAAUACCAUGAUGCUGACGAGCCAACAGCAGAGGAAUGGAAGCAGCCUCCACAACCGCGAUGUUCACAUUUUUUUCUUUUUUUUUCAUAAAGCCCUUCUUGUUUUACACUUCAUGCACACGUACUUAAUGUUAAACAAGCUAAUAAUAAAAGUAAAGAAUGUAAU